AUGCCUGUGGUGGGAUGGCUGUGGUGGGAUGGCUGUGGUGGGAUGGCUGUGCUGGGAUGGCUGUGCUGGGAUGCCUGUGCUGGGAUGCCUGUGCUGGGAUGCCUGUGCUGGGAUGCCUGUGCUGGGAUGCCUGUGCUGGGAUGCCUGUGCUGGGAUGCCUGUGCUGGGAUGCCUGUGCUGGGAUGCCUGUGCUGGGAUGCCUGUGCUGGGAUGCCUGUGCUGGGAUGGCUGUGCUGGGAUGCCUGUGCUGGGAUGGCUGUGCUGGGAUGGCUGUGGUGGGAUGCCUGUGCUGGGAUGCCUGUGCUGGGAUGGCUGUGCUGGGAUGCCUGUGCUGGGAUGCCUGUGCUGGGAUGGCUGUGCUGGGAUGCCUGUGCUGGGAUGGCUGUCCUGGGAUGCCUGUGCUGGGAUGGCUGUGCUGGGAUGGCUGUGGUGGGAUGCCUGUGCUGGGAUGCCUGUGCUGGGAUGGCUGUGCUGGGAUGCCUGUGCUGGGAUGCCUGUGCUGGGAUGGCUGUGCUGGGAUGCCUGUGCUGGGAUGGCUGUCCUGGGAUGCCUGUGCUGGGAUGCCUGUGCUGGGAUGGCUGUGCUGGGAUGCCUGUGCUGGGAUGCCUGUGCUGGGAUGCCUGCUGGGAUGCCUGUGCUGGGAUGCCUGUGCUGGGAUGCCUGUGCUGGGAUGCCUGUGCUGGGAUGCCUGUGCUGGGAUGCCUGUGCUGGGAUGCCUGUGCUGGGAUGCCUGUGCUGGGAUGCCUGUGCUGGGAUGCCUGUGCUGGGAUGCCUGUGCUGGGAUGGCUGUGCUGGGAUGCCUGUGCUGGGAUGCCUGUGCUGGGAUGGCUGUGCUGGGAUGCCUGUGCUGGGAUGCCUGUGCUGGGAUGGCUGUGCUGGGAUGCCUGUGCUGGGAUGCCUGUGCUGGGAUGCCUGUGCUGGGAUGCCUGUGCUGGGAUGCCUGUGCUGGGAUGCCUGUGCUGGGAUGCCUGUGCUGGGAUGCCUGUGCUGGGAUGCCUGUGCUGGGAUGCCUGUGCUGGGAUGCCUGUGCUGGGAUGCCUGUGCUGGGAUGCCUGUGCUGGGAUGCCUGUGCUGGGAUGCCUGUGCUGGGAUGCCUGUGCUGGGAUGCCUGUGCUGGGAUGCCUGUGCUGGGAUGGCCUGUGCUGGGAUGCCUGUGCUGGGAUGCCUGUGCUGGGAUGCCUGUGCUGGGAUGCCUGUGCUGGGAUGGCCUGUGCUGGGAUGCCUGUGCUGGGAUGGCUGUGCUGGGAUGCCUGUGCUGGGAUGGCCUGUGCUGGGAUGCCUGUGCUGGGAUGCCUGUGCUGGGAUGCCUGUGCUGGGAUGCCUGUGCUGGGAUGCCUGUGCUGGGAUGCCUGUGCUGGGAUGCCUGUGCUGGGAUGCCUGUGCUGGGAUGCCUGUGCUGGGAUGCCUGUGCUGGGAUGCCUGUGCUGGGAUGCCUGUGCUGGGAUGCCUGUGCUGGGAUGCCUGUGCUGGGAUGCCUGUGCUGGGAUGCCUGUGCUGGGAUGCCUGUGCUGGGAUGCCUGUGCUGGGAUGCCUGUGCUGGGAUGCCUGUGCUGGGAUGCCUGUGCUGGGAUGCCUGUGCUGGGAUGCCUGUGCUGGGAUGCCUGUGCUGGGAUGCCUGUGGUGGGAUGCCUGUGCUGGGAUGCCUGUGCUGGGAUGCCUGUGCUGGGAUGCCUGUGCUGGGAUGCCUGUGCUGGGAUGCCUGUGCUGGGAUGGCUGUGCUGGGAUGCCUGUGCUGGGAUGCCUGUGGCGGGAUCUUUUAGGCACUGGGAUGCCUGUGGUGGGAUGGCUGUGGUGGGAUGGCUGUGGUGGGAUGGCUGUGCUGGGAUGCCUGUGCUGGGAUGCCUGUGCUGGGAUGCCUGUGGUGGGAUGGCUGUGCUGGGAUGGCUGUGCUGGGAUGCCUGUGCUGGGAUGCCUGUGCUGGGAUGCCUGUGCUGGGAUGCCUUUGCUGGGAUGCCUGUGCUGGGAUGCCUGUGCUGGGAUGCCUGUGCUGGGAUGCCUGUGCUGGGAUGCCUGUGCUGGGAUGCCUGUGCUGGGAUGCCUGUGCUGGGAUGGCUGUGCUGGGAUGCCUGUGCUGGGAUGCCUGUGCUGGGAUGCCUGUGGUGGGAUGCCUGUGCUGUGAUGCCUGUGCUGGGAUGGCUGUGCUGGGAUGCCUGUGCUGGGAUGCCUGUGCUGGGAUGGCUGUGCUGGGAUGCCUGUGCUGGGAUGGCUGUGCUGGGAUGCCUGUGCUGGGAUGCCUGUGCUGGGAUGGCUGUGGUGGGAUGGCUGUGCUGGGAUGCCUGUGCUGGGAUGCCUGUGCUGGGAUGCCUGUGCUGGGAUGCCUGUGGUGGGAUGGCUGUGCUGGGAUGGCUGUGCUGGGAUGCCUGUGCUGGGAUGCCUGUGCUGGGAUGCCUGUGCUGGGAUGCCUGUGCUGGGAUGCCUGUGCUGGGAUGCCUGUGCUGGGAUGCCUGUGCUGGGAUGCCUGUGCUGGGAUGCCUGUGCUGGGAUGCCUGUGCUGGGAUGGCUGUGCUGGGAUGCCUGUGCUGGGAUGGCUGUGCUGGGAUGGCUGUGGUGGGAUGCCUGUGCUGGGAUGCCUGUGCUGGGAUGGCUGUGCUGGGAUGCCUGUGCUGGGAUGCCUGUGCUGGGAUGGCUGUGCUGGGAUGCCUGUGCUGGGAUGGCUGUGCUGGGAUGCCUGUGCUGGGAUGCCUGUGCUGGGAUGCCUGUGCUGGGAUGCCUGUGCUGGGAUGCCUGUGCUGGGAUGCCUGUGCUGGGAUGCCUGUGCUGGGAUGCCUGUGCUGGGAUGCCUGUGCUGGGAUGCCUGUGCUGGGAUGCCUGUGCUGGGAUGCCUGUGCUGGGAUGCCUGUGCUGGGAUGCCUGUGCUGGGAUGCCUGUGCUGGGAUGCCUGUGCUGGGAUGGCUGUGCUGGGAUGCCUGUGCUGGGAUGCCUGUGCUGGGAUGCCUGUGCUGGGAUGCCUGUGCUGGGAUGCCUGUGCUGGGAUGCCUGUGCUGGGAUGGCUGUGCUGGGAUGCCUGUGCUGGGAUGCCUGUGCUGGGAUGCCUGUGCUGGGAUGCCUGUGCUGGGAUGCCUGUGCUGGGAUGCCUGUGCUGGGAUGCCUGUGCUGGGAUGCCUGUGCUGGGAUGCCUGUGCUGGGAUGCCUGUGCUGGGAUGCCUGUGCUGGGAUGCCUGUGCUGGGAUGCCUGUGCUGGGAUGCCUGUGCUGGGAUGCCUGUGCUGGGAUGCCUGUGCUGGGAUGCCUGUGCUGGGAUGCCUGUGCUGGGAUGCCUGUGCUGGGAUGCCUGUGCUGGGAUGCCUGUGCUGGGAUGCCUGUGCUGGGAUGCCUGUGCUGGGAUGCCUGUGCUGGGAUCUUUUGA